AUGGCUGAGCUUGCUCUAGGCGUCGUUGGGCUGAUCGAAUUGGUUCGCCGUCUUGAUCCGUUACUGGAUGAUUGGCACCGCCACGUCCAACAGCAGACCCUUGAGGUGCUUCUGGCCAAGUUGCGCGCCGCCAACACGAGGCUUUGGAGUCUCUUGAAGCCAUCUCAAUCCAUCCUCGAUCAUUCUAGUGAGCAGAUCGGCGCCCCCAAGGCGAAGCGUUUCAAGUACGUCUUUGUACGCGAUAGUCUUGCCGAGUCCAUCGCCGACCUCGAGACCUGGAGGACAGUGUUCGACCCUAGCUGGUAUCUCAUGAUGAAGAUGGCCAGUCCUGAAGUCGAUCGUCAGCUCGAAGUUGAGGCAAACCAAUCGACUAUCAGUAGCCCAGGGAACUAUGGUUCAAAACCACCAGAUGCCACCGCACGAUAUAUUAGGCGUGCCAUCCAUACAACUGAUGACGAAGCGGCCCGAUCCACCGUUAUACUCCCUGCUGACGGCCUCGUGCACGACAGUAUCAAAUCAAUUCCUCUUAGCUCAGCAAAAUUAGCACGACGAGCCGACAACGGCGAUAUCGUGAUACUCGACACCGUCACCUGCGCGUCCAAACCGCACGCCAACGCCGUCAAGCGAGAUAUUCGCAACUUCGCCCUGCGUUUGAAGCACGCUGAUCCAUUCGGCUUCGGGUUACUGCAAUGCAAGGGCAUACUUCAGGAAGAAGAUCACAAGACUGCGAUCGGCGACCUCUCCUUCGUCUUUCGCCUUCCGACCACCCAUACCCAGGUACAAAGCUUGCGACAACGUCUGCUGAGCGGUCCCGCAGGCCAGCAUGACUCUCUUUCAGGACGUCUUGACCUCGCUCGGCAGUUGGUCAAUGCCAUCAACUAUGUGCACCUGUACGACUUCGUUCACAAGAACAUUCGCCCUGAGACCAUCCUUAUUAUCGGUCAGAAGACUCCAAAUAUGCUCGGCACUGCACUUAAGCCCGGCGCGCCAAUCAACGAAACAGGACAAGACGGGGCCCUAGGGAAUGAAACGGCUGUGCUGGUCGGCUUCGAUGUCCUGCGUGACGUCGAUGGGAAGACUCUUCGUCUCGGCGAUGACGAUUGGGAGAGGAACUUGUACCGCCACCCACGAAGACAAGGGGACACGCCCUCCGUUGAUUAUGAGAUACGCCACGACAUUUACAGUCUCGGUGUGUGCUUGCUGGAAAUCGGUCUAUGGGACAGUUUCGUCGUCUACGACAAGCCGGGCGCUGGUCAGGAAGCCGAUGAGAAUGCCAAGGGACCAUGGUUGGGCUCGGGACUGGGCACAAAUUUCGCAGAAAUGAGCGGCGCCGAGCUGCUGAAGGCUCCAGAGACAGUCAAGAAUCACUUGAUAUCCUUAGCAAGAGGCAAGACGUCUGGCGACCGGGCAGCAGAAGGUAGCACCAGAACCAUCAAGGAUCUCGAAAAUCAGAACAUGGUUACCAAGUGGCUGCAGAUAGAUGACAUAUUUAUCUGCUGCCGCCUGCUGUUCAAGAAAGGAUGA